UUAUGACUGGUUUUGUGCUCAAGGGUCACACAUGUUGUCGGUAACGCGUGAACGCGCAGGGGGGCGCGCGCGCAGACUCUCGAGAAGCAGCGCAAACACGAAGUUUAGACAAACACGCAGCAGGCAGAGCUAGAUUCCUCGAUGGCUCUCAGGACAGAGCGGUGUAGAGCGCUGUCUCUCCUCCGAUGCUGGAUCUCGCUCUUGGGCUUCACAGCGGUGUCAGUGUAUGAGGCCGUGCAGGUCUCAGUCCGUGACGAGCGACGCUUUGCAAUGCUCUUCCAGUCGGUGGUUCUGCCGUGUCAUUACACCAGCGUCUCCACUCAGACUCCAGUCAUCCAGUGGUGGUACAAGUCUUACUGCCGCGAUCGAAGCCGUGAUGCCUUCCGCUUCCCCGACACGCUGGCGGUCCACGGCUCCGAGCUUGGCUCCUCCGUUCAUCUGGACUGCGGGGACAGCGGCCGGACGGUGCGCAUCGUGGCUUCUGGACAGGGCUCGUCCAUCACCCUCGCUGAACACUACAAGGACCGGGAUAUUUCCAUCAUCAACAAGGCAGACCUGCGCAUCGGUGAGCUGCAGUGGGGUGACAGUGGUGUUUACUACUGUAAAGUGGUGAUUUCAGAUGAUUUGGAGGGACAGAAUGAAGCACAUGUGGAGCUGCUGGUGUUGGGUCAGACAGGUUUGGCCGAUGGUCUUCUGCCUGGGUUUAAUCUGGAGAUUGUUCCAGAGUGGGUGUUUGUGAGCGCUGUGCUCGUGGGCAGUCUCCUGGUCGUUCUGCUGGUGGGUGUUUGCUGGUGUCAGUGCUGUCCUCAUUCGUGCUGCUGUUAUGUGAGAUGCUGCUGCUGUCCAGACACCUGCUGCUGCCCUCGACACUUGUAUGAAGCAGGAAAGGGGAUCAAGUCAACUCCGCCCACACCUGUGCCUAUGAUCCCUCCCUACUACAUACCUGGGAUGCCCACCAUGAUGCCCAUCGCUCCGCCCUCCCUCAUUGACCCCAACCUGUCCACUGCACCAUCACUGGAGAACAGUGGCUCAGUGCGGAGUGGUCUCCAUCUGCGGUCUGCGUCAGAUCAGAGCUCUCUGAAGGUGCUGCAGUUCGUGGAGAAGCAGCUCGCUCAGUUUAACCCAUCACAGACACUUAGCAGCAGUCCAGACUCCUGCAGUGUGUCCGAGCUGAGUUCGUUACAUGAUGUAGAAACGGACUUCCGCCAAACCUAUCGACAAGUCCAGAAGAAGGCUCUACCAGCCAUCCCUGAUCUUGAUGACCCCGCUGACCUCCGGGCCACAGAUUUAUCUCCGGUUCAUGAAGGAAGAUACUCACAACAGCCUCAGCGCAGGAACCACGUGGCAGAUGAACGCCUCAGGUGGAACCCUCGCUCGGAGCACCUGCAGAGGAAGGCUUUCCAGGAGCGAGGACGGACUGGAUCUGUGGAUGAGCUGGAGGAGUUUGCGAUGGCGUAUAUGCAGCGAGGACGUCACGGUGACAACGGAAACAGGGAGGACUACUACAGAGAACGAGAGCGAGAACGGGAUCAUUACCCACUUUACUGUUCCAAGGUCAGUCCAGCGAGACGCCCCCCCAGCCCUCCACCCUUACCUGGAAAGAAGCGGGACACUUGUGACAACGGUCAAGCCCAGCGGGAUCCACGAGAGCGGGAUCAGAGCAGAAGAGAUCACAGGCCAGACUACAACCAUACCCUUCUCAACACUUUUUUGGAACGUAAAGCUAAAGCUGUGAAGAGCAGCGCUUCAAAAGCAGGACAGACCGAAGAAGACUCGGAAACGCCUUCCAAAAACAGUAGUGAGCGUUCCCACAGCAGGACUCCCAAUAACCAGUCCCCUCGGCAGCGGACGGCAGAGGACAACGAAUCCCUGCCACCGUACACAGAGAAGGAGCUGGAGCGUUCCCGUAGAGCCGAGUCCGGACAACAGCCGUUCAGAUACACACGCUCCGGUCCCGGGCCAGAGGAGCAGAACCGCCCUCGGAAAGUGAGCACUCUUCUGAGCAGAGACUCUCUCGUGGUUUGAUGAGGACGUCUCCACCGCCGGCUCACACACGUGCUGCAGAAGCUCACAGCUGUGACUCUGAACAUGGAGAGAAUCCAUGAGACUUUCCUGACAGUUUGAGCAGAUUUGUGUUUGAUGAAAGCGUUCACCACACAGUGGGAAGAUGAGGUUUACACUGAGAUGCUGGAGCUAGUAUAUGAGGAUAGCAAACAGUUUGGGAUCAGGAAGAUUUGUCAUCUUU